AUGCUGGUUACUUUUACGAAGUUUACAGUAAGACGUCACGGCAUGGUAGAGUUAGUGGUGGUGGUGGUGGGGGCAGUGGUAUUGGUGGCAGUGGUAGUGGUAGUGGUAGUGGUGGUGAUAGUUGCAGUGGUGGUGAAAGUGGUGGUGGUGGUGGUAGUGGAAGGGGCAGUGGGGGGCGAUGGUAAUGGUCGUGGUGGUGAUAGUAGUGGUAGUAGUGUUGGUCAUAAUGGCAGUGAUAAUGGUAGUGGUAGUGGUAGUGGUUGUGGUUGUGGUGGUGGUACCAAUAGUGGCAGUGGUGGUGGUAGUGGUACUGGUGGUGAUAUUAGUAGUUAGUAAUAGUAGUGGCAGCAGUAGCGACAGUAGCAAUAGCAGUACGAAGCGG